AAAAGAGCAGGCAAAAAUGGACAAUUUGGUAAUUUACGCACAGACACCGUUCUAUUUGGAAAUAACACUUUUGUAUGACCUGAGAACGACUUUGGUAUCAUUCAUUCGUACCUACAUGGCAAUUGUGCCCUGCUUUUUUAGAUGGUCAGCAAGCGGUAUCCUUGACAAGCUGAAAGUGCUCACAAUUCUGAUAGCUUUCACGUUUCUACGGUCUUUGAAUUGCUCACGCAUGUACCAUUCUCUGAAGGCGCAGUCUCUUGUACGGCUUUAUGUUCUGUUCAAUGUGCUGGAGCUUGCCGAGAAGCUGAUAGGCACACUGGUGGAUGACAUUGCCAGGGCAAUUGAGGAGAGGAUGAAGAGAAAGCGGGAACAAGAUCAUACGGUUUUGGAGGAUGAGAGCGUUUGUCCUGACAAGAGCAGCUUGUGCCCUGGUAGUAAUUUGUACAGGAAUGAAAAUGAGAAUGGCGUAACAAACAAUGGAGUUGACGGCGUAAACACGGUUCAUGGACAUGUCAAAGCAAAUAAAAGAGAAUCAGAGACAGAUCAAGAGAGCGGUAUAAGCCUUGAAGAUCAAGUCGGUGCACCGCCGGGCAAUUCGCAAUCUUUGAUCGCCAAUUUUGCGUUGCUGAUCGUUCUAGCCGCACUUUUUGUGGUUUCAACAGCGAUGCACACACUGAUUCUGUACUUUCAGUAUCUCAUCAUUCAGCUUUCGCUCAACUCAUCGUCAAGUGUUUUGUACUCGCUGGUCAUCUCCAACCAGUUCCUGGAGUUGAAAGGCAAUGUGACGAAAAAGGGGGAUAAGAAGAUGCUUUUCUCUCUGGUGGACCAUGACGGAACCAAAAGAUUUAAUCUGUUGCUAUUUCUGAUCGUGGCAUUCCUUUCUGUGUGCGUAGAGUCUGAGAAACUGACGUUCACCAAGUUUAUUCUGCCGAUAGUUGUCGUUCUGCUCUUCAAAAUCCUUGUGGAUUGGAUCAAGCACGCGUUUUUUUGCAGGUAUAACAAUUUAAACCUGAACUUCUAUACGGACUAUAGAAGGGAGUACUUGAAAGGCACCAAUUUUGUGGGCCAGCACAUUCUGUUCAUGUGGAUGCUUUAUGAGCUGGCAAGGAUGGGAUACUUCAGCUUUAUUGUUAUUUUUCUUGUUUGUGUUCAUUUUGUUGGAGUUUUUAUCAAAUAAAUGAUAUUCGGUACAGAGACUGUUUCAUUGGCGGCAGAACGCCUGCACUGCUUCUUAUGACACGUAGCACAUGCUGUUUGAAUGGUGAUA